CCUGACGUGCGCGGCGCGUUGCGAGCGCGGAAUUGGAAAAGCCGACGAGAGGAUGAAACCAAGGCCUUCACAGUAUCUCCAGUUAAUCGUGUCCGUCGCCGACAGAGCUAACAUACGUGGGUGGGGAUCAAUUUCUAAGGAUUCUGAUAUAAAAUGAGCUUUGUGAGCGUCACCUUUCUGGUGUUCUUCGAUAACAUGAACUAAGUGACACGCCGCCGUAAGUUGGGCCCUCACGGCGGGCCUCUAGCUAACCUCCUCUCCCUUUUCCGGCUUUUCUACAGACCGUCGGUAGUUACUGAAUGUGUGUCCCUCACUGGACAAAAUGUCCGGCUUCAACUUCGGAUCAGGGACGCUCGGCGCCGCUAACACCGGCGGUGGGUUUGCGUUCGGAGCCCCGGCCAGCACGGCUCCUGCAGCAAGCACCAGCGGCUUCAGUUUUGGGUCUGCUCUGGGUGCAGCAACCCCUGCUGCCCCCGCCACCACCACAACCACCCCAGCGCUUAGCCUGGGAACCACGCUCUUCAGCCAAAAGCCUGCUGGGGGCUUCUCUUUCAACACACCUGCGUCAAGUGCUGCUGCUCCAACUGCUGGCCUUACGUUAGGUGCCACAGCUGCCCCCAUGGGCUUCAGCUUGGCCUUCAAUAAGCCUGCUGCUUCAGCUGCCCCUUUUUCCCUCACGGCCACCACCACCUCCUCGGCCCCUGCUGGAACAGGUCUAACGUUAGGCUCAGUUUUGACCUCCACUGCCCCACAGCAGCCUGCGGCUACAGGCUUCACCCUUGGCCUUGGUAGUACAGCAGCCACAACAGCAGCCACAACGGGCCUGUCCCUCGGUGGGGGUCUCUUCUCUAACACAGCCUCCACUGGUUUGGGCCAGACCACUUUAGGAGGAGCGGGGUUGACGUUGGGUUCUCUGAUUGCCACUUCUACGGCUGUGUCAGCUGCCCCUGCACCCAGUAUCGGCCUGGGUGGGGUCGAUUUCAGCACCUCUGAGAAGAAGAGCGACAAAUCUGGCGCUAAUCCCCAGGAUAGCAAAGCUUUGAAAGAUGAAAACCUUCCUGCAGUCAUUUGUCAGGAUGUGGAGAAUUACCAGAAGUUUGUGAAGGAGCAGAAGCGGGUCCAGGAAGACAUUUGCAGGAUGUCUUCUAAGGCCAUGUCUAAUGUCAUGGAUGACAUCAAAAUCCUCAAACAGCAGCUCUCUGUCAGUGCAAGUGGCCUUCAGAGGCAGGCACUCGCCAUAAACAAGCUAAAGAUGGAGACAGCACAGGAGCUGAAGAAUUCUGAAAUAGCACUGCGGACACAGAACACCCCCCUUGGUCUUCAGCAUGAGAACACAGCCCCAUCAGAUUAUUUCCGUAACCUGGUGGAGCAGUUUGAGGUGCGGUUGCAGCAGUACAGGCAGCUGAUAGAGGAGCUGGAGAACCACCUGACAACACAGAGCAGCGGUUCACACAUCACUCCUCAGGACCUGUCUUUAGCCAUGCAGAAGUUGUACCAGACUUUUGUUGCACAGGCUGCUCAGCUCCACACCGUUCAUGAAAAUGUCAAGAAAUUGAAGCACCAGUAUCUGUCCUACCGCCAGGCCUUCCUGGAUGACUCCACUGACGUCUUCGAAUCCAAACGGGUAUCCAACAGGAAGUGGCAGAGCGCGCCACGUGUCACCACUGGGCCGGCCCCGUUCUCCAGCGCGCCCAAUGCCGCAGCUGUUGCUAUGGCGGCCACGCUGACCCAGCAGCAGCAACCUAAUCCAGGGACCCAGGCACCCUUGGGGGCAGGGUUUGGAAACCCCUUUGCAUCAGGAGUGGGUACUAGCUUGGGCUCUUCCAGCCUCGGAGGUUUUGGUGGUGGUCCAGGGUUUGGAGGGGUAGGGACAGGGGGUUCUUCUUUCGGCUUCACCGCCAGUAAGCCCACAGGAGGCAGUCUGAGUGCAGGUUUUGGUGGCAGCAGCACCUCAGGCUUUAACUUCAGUAACCCUGGCAUCAAUGCCUCAGCUGGCCUGACCUUCGGUGUGUCCAAUCCCCCAGCCACGGGCUUCGGCACAGGAGGGCCCCUACUCCAGCUCAAGAAGCCUCCUGUUGGAAACAAGAGGGGCAAGAGAUAGAACCAACAAAAGAUGUGGACCCCAUGACUCACAAGCUUGGAGUUCAUAGAGUUUAGAGCCUGGCCUCCCGAAAGCAAAAUUUGUAUUAAACAUCACUAAACAUCGACUGAAAAUACAACAAACAUGAUCAUGUGGCUAUGAUAAAGAGGCAAUAUUUUUAAAGAAUUAUUAUAGAGAUUUGAUUGGAAACACUAAAAGAAGGGGAGAAAUUAAUCUCACUUGUUAAAUGAAUCACUGAUACUCGCCGAUUAAACAAUGACAUCCAGAGGAAAAAAACAACAAAACUCAAACCACUGGUUGGAGCUAGGAUCAUUUUUAAUUGAUUUGAUCCCAUUGUUGGUCAUCUAAUCUUAUGAAUUGCCCCCAAACUUUGUUCAUGUAUUAUUGUCAUCAUCGAUACUUGUAACUUAUUUAUACAUGUUAUUCAUUCUUCUAGUUUGGAAAUGUGCUUUGAAGAAUGUUUUUAGGUGAGGUUUUCGAAACAAAAAUUAUCCUCAUUUUGGGUCCCUAAACCAAUUAGAUAAUGGUACUUUGUGACUCUUGUGAUUCUUUCCUUUAGAAUUAUGAGCACCAAAAACUUAAAUGUUCAAUUCAGUGAGUGAAAUGUCAGAUUUAAGACGGGUACCUUACCAGCUUUGAGACACAGGAGACGGGCGUUGUUCCCUCCAGUAUGGAAAAUGGGAUAAGUCAAUUUAGAUGACAAUGUGGGGAAAGUGGUUAACAUUUGCAUAAUUGGUAGUAUAAAUUUGCCCAUUUGCUUUGCCCAAGAACUGUUGCCUGUAUGUCAUGGCCUUUAGCACUGUUAACACUUUACGGACUGGCAGGAAUAGACAGAAUUAUGAAGUAGAUUUUUUUUCUCUCUCCUGUGAGCAUCUGCUUUAGUCUGGCUGUGAUACAAGUUUGAUUUCAUUUGCUCUCGGGGAGUAACUUUUUUCCCAUAGCAUGUAAGACUCAGUCAAACCCAGAAAAUGACUAGAAUGAUGUUCAAAUGAUGUUUUUAUCCAAAUCUUGUCCAGAGAGAAUAAGAAAUGGCAAAGGGAAUUGAGGUCACGGUGUAGUAUUGAGGUCCACGUUGUGGUCCAUGUCCAACGUUUAAGUACAUUAUGAUUCUUGAUUCUUUUAUAGCAACAGGAAAGGAGUCUACCGGGUGGGCUUUGGGGGGAAGCAGUUUUAUUUUUGUAUUUUGUAUAAGUGGAUAACUAGAUGAAUUUGGGAGGGGUAAAGGGGACUAAAGUAUCUGAAAAAAAUCUAUCACUAAGUUCACAUAACCUGUGCUUUCCUUGGCGUCCAAACUCGUCUUUCCUUCAUUUCUUUUUAAGUGCAUUUUCUGUACACCUGUGAGUAUGUGUGAAAAUGCACAACUUGGGGAGAGAGAAGUUGCUGUACUCUUGCGCUACAUGACUACCAUUUAGAUUUAACUUCAGCCUGAAAGGGAUUUAAUAAACAGAUUUCUUUUUUCUGUUCAAAGUACCCAGCUAUGUAUGUGUGCUGAAAUUUGCACUUGACAGCUUGUGUAUGAACUGACAGUGAUCGUUUGAAUGUGCAUGCUGUACAAAUAUGAAUUCUUUUCUCUGUCAUGGUAAAUUGUGGAGUUUCCCGCACCGUCUGUUACCAAAUACUUGUGUUAAUAAUUUCAAUCAAUCACUGUCUGUGUCAACCUGUAUUUUCAAAGAUUUGUUUGAUAAUAAAAUCCCUCCAGAUGGUUGUUUGCCUGUUCAUACAUGUUCAUUUCAAUAAAUGUUUUGACACAAAAACCAACUUGU